ACUGGCAGUCAGUGGCUCCCAGGGCCCCGCGCCGUCAGUCUCGUUGGGGUAGUUUCGUGCAACCGUGCGUCUCUCUUCCUCUCUCUCUCUCUCUCUCUCUCUCUCUCUCCCUCUCUCUCUUCCUUCUCUUCCCCUCUCUCUUUCUCUCAGUUCGGCCUCCCCUUUCUUUCUCUCUUUUCCUCCCGCUGUUACCCCCCUACCAUCCUCCUGCUCUUCCGCGGUCUCUACCUUCCUCGAGGUUUCGUCCGCCUUCGCCUGCCACAAUGAUUGUUUCUUUUGCUCGCGCUCGCCAUUGUCCGCCGUUUUCGUUCAACCCGUUCGUACGUCGCGGCUAGUGAAGAUUCGUCUUGCUUUCACGUCGCCACCGGCCGCUUCUUCUCGCCGCUAAUAGUGAGUGAUAAGAACAUAAUCGCGCUGUCGUGUCAAGUGCCGCGACGUGUCGCAACCGCGAGUCGGUCCCCGUGUAUGGACCCAGGGCCUGACAGCAGUCGAUGACUCCCGGGAGCACCCGUUACGGUGGUAAGGACGAGGAGAUCGGCCACGGAAAUCGCAGUAGCCGGUAAAUGUCUGCCUUGUGUCACGUCGGUGAUAUCCCGCUUGCUUAGCGGAGAAAACUCGCAGAAAAUCGGUCGUAGAACUUACAGGGUGAGUCGAUAAAGGUGGCGAGGAAAGUACCGCGAAAGAGUGGAAGAAAGACUUCCGGUAAUCCGGAAGAAGUCUUCGCGGCAACAAAGUGAAAGAAUGAGGCGGCUGGAGCGACUACACCGCUGGAGCAACGCUGAGAGAGAAAUACCGGACGAAUUAAGCAAAUUUCCUACGUGCGAAGCUAGAAAUCGUCCAAGUACCGAGUGAAUCCACGAUCUAGCGAGAAAUCGCGGGAGUACCGGGCGUUCUGGAUGAACGUCGAGAAGUCGAUGCAUGACCGGAGCACAGACAACGCACCGGUGGGAUAUUUGAACCCGCGUGUCAAGUCGUCGAGAGCCGACGAAUGCGCGAAGUCUUUUUCAUCCUCUGCCACGAGAGACUCCUUCCCAAUUUCGAUGAAGCUACAAUGUGAGCCGCGCUAUAAAUAUCGAUAUCAAGCAGUUGAUCGUUCGAGAUUGACUGCCCCGAAAGUACCGCUCUUGAUCGCGUGAGGAUACUGCAGUUCAGGUGCCGGAGAAUCUUUCGACGAGACGAGGAACGCGGCUAUCCGUUUUGCCCGGAGCGGAUCUGGACCGCCGGUGAUCUCGGCACGCUCGCGAAAGGGUGGACGUUCGCGAGCGCCGUUGAAGUUUCGCGAAUAUAGGGAUACGGCCUGUGGUCGGUACGAAGGCUUCAAGAUUGCUCGAAAACCGUCGCGCGAGGUGCGCAGGAGUGGAGGAGCUGCGGAAAUAGGGGGUGCCGGCGUAAUGCAGCGGGUGGGCGCAGCCGGGGGGCCCGGGCCCAUCGGCUUCCAGGGCCCUCCAAGAUCACUGAAGAUCUCGCCGGUGAAUAUACAGGACGAGCCCAGCGAUCCUACGCAGAAAGGCAGGAGCUCGCUCUGCGUAGGCUGCGGCGGCCGAAUUCACGAUCAGUGGAUCCUGAGGGUAGCGCCUAAUCUGGAAUGGCACGCGGCGUGUCUGAAAUGCGCCGAGUGCCAACAGUUCCUGGAUGAGAAGUGCACCUGCUUCGUGCGGGACGGCAAGACCUACUGCAAGCGGGAUUACGUUAGGUUGUUCGGUACCAAGUGCGACAAGUGUAGCCAAUGCUUUAGCAAAAACGACUACGUGAUGAGGGCGAAAACCAAGAUCUAUCACGUGGAGUGCUUUCGAUGCUGCGCUUGCAUGAGGCGGCUCGAGACCGGCGACGAGUUCGCUCUGAGGCAGGACGGUCUCUUUUGCCGGCACGAUCACGACGUUCUCGAAGGCGGCAAGCACUGCACCGGGGCCACCGGUAUACCCGGCAGCGAGAACAACAACAACGCCUCUCUGACGAACAACAAUCAUCAUUUGCAUCCGAACGACGGCUCGAUGUCAGAUUCAGGAUCCGAGAGCGGGUCGCACAAGGCCGGUGUCGGCGGCGUUCGCGGCUCAGGUGGCCACAAAAGCGGUGGCGGAUCCGACGGGAAGCCAACACGAGUACGCACGGUUCUAAACGAGAAGCAGCUGCACACCCUCAGGACUUGCUACGCCGCGAAUCCGCGACCGGACGCCCUUAUGAAGGAACAACUCGUCGAAAUGACCGGACUGAGUCCGCGAGUGAUCAGGGUAUGGUUCCAAAAUAAGAGAUGCAAAGACAAGAAGAAGACGAUCGCCCUGAAGCAACAAAUGCAAGAGAAGCGCUUUUCAUUGCAGGACGGCCGUAAAUUGGGUUUCGGAGGUAUGCACGGGAUCCCCAUGAUUGCCAGCAGCCCCGUGAGACACGAGAGUUCCAUCGGGGUGGCGGCUUUGGAGGUUCACGCUUAUCAGCCGCCGUGGAAAGCGCUUUCGGAUUUCGCGCUUCACACGGACUUGGAUCGAUUGGACACCAACGCGCCGUCUUUCCAUAAUUUGGUGUCGCAGAUGCAUGGGUACGACCUGCACGGCGGCCCGCCACCGCAAUUGCCACCUCCGGGGAUGCUCGGCGGGCCAAUGAACGAUGGUGGGGGUGGACCGUUACCGCCUCCGGGGCCUCAUCAUCCGGGUAGCGGCGGGCCGGAUAUGGGCCAGCAUCCCGACAGCACCGACAGCUAUGUGACCUACGUGGAGAGUGACAGUGACUCGUUUCACCACGACACGGGUAGUCCAUAGUGUCGUACGAUCUGCGCGCGUCUCAAAUGCAAAAUAACGCCCUCGCCGUCUUUCGCGUUCGUCGCGAUUCUCGUCGUGAUGUUCGUCGCGACGGCGAGAUGCUUGCAACGACGGACGCAGUAGAAGCCCGGAACCGGAAACUUACCGGCUGGAUCAUGACUGCGCCGUCGUGCGCCCGAAUCUCGUCCAAUUUCGCGAUGAUAAUCAAAUGGAUCUCCAGUAUCGCCGACGACGGUGCUCCGAUUAAACGGGCCACGUCGGGAUUCGAAAGACGGUUCGGAGGCUACGAUAAUGAUGACGAUGAUUACUAUGACUACGUUGAAAACGAGCGGGGUGUAAUAUCGCCCCCUCCAACUACACCGCACGAAUUGUCAUAUACGAAUAACGCAUUACCUUUUCAGUUUCCUCCAACGAUUUCUUUAAAACAUUAAAAUGAGACGCUUGAGAGAGACGCUCCCGAGCACGAGAUUAUCUUGUUGAGUAUUAUAGAAGAAGGUAUCACAAGAGCUUGUAAGAGUGCGUCGAAUGGUUCGAUAAUUUUAUUGAUUUAAAAAAUGUCAUAUAUUGCAGAUGCACUAGUCAGACAAUUACCUGAAAGAUGGCAUAAUGUGGUGGAUAAUGAUAGCAGAUACUUUAAUUGAACAUAACAGCUAUUGUUCUGUUACUAUUAAUAAAGGAAAUAUGACUACAAAUUCGACAAACUUUUGCGAGCACCUGAUAGAAAUUUUAAUACGUAGAGCUUACUUUUAUUCUGUGUUAUUGUCGUAUCUAAACUCACUGAUGAUACUCGUCAAGACGCUCUCAAAUUCGACAUUCAAUUCGAACUUGUCUUGGAAAUUGAAGAUUGCUUAAUUGCAUCGUGUUGUGUGGGUAAAAGUCAGUGAUAAUUGAUAUAGCCGAAGAUUGAAAAAAAUACCGAGUCUUAAAUUUGAUUGCGCUACUUCUGAGUUUUGAUUACAUUGUCUAAAUCAAGCGAAUUCGAAUCCGCAAUUUGCUGUUUCGGUGCAAUCUACAGUAUGAUGUCCAAUAUUGAGUCCAGAUCGAGCAUUAGGUUAUUUUGAUUUUAUUUUCCAUUACGUAGCGUUCUUACAUAUUUUACUGUUCACGUUGCGUUAUAAUGAUGCGAUAAAAAUUCGCUGCGUUAUCCCUGAAGUUAUAAUAAUAUCAAUUUCGCUGAGAAAACUUGCGAAUAGCUUACGAGCAUGCAUCGUUAACUGCCUGUAAAUAAAAGAUGAAGUGAUUCGAUAUCCAAACACUGGAAAUACACUGUACAUAAAUCGCUAGUUGCUGUAAAUCUGAGCAAUGUUAAUUAACGGUGUACUCAGGCGCAAGCUGUAGCGUAGAGAACAUGAAUAGUGGAAUAUAUAUUAAAUUUAUAUUAAUGAUUGCAUUAUUCUAAUUACGUUAAGUUUCACGAAGGCUGAAAUACGCUUGCAAAAAAUUGCAAAUGCCACGUGCUACUUUGUUUAGGCUAUCCUCAGAUGAGAAAGUUGCUGUUAUCGCAAUUGAUAUUCUGUGUUAUCUUUCUCUUUCUCUUCCCCCUCCCUCUCUCUCUAAAUAAAGAGGCAGCAUUGUGACAUGCGCGCUUUGAUUUGUUAAAAUCGAAUUAUUGGACUUGGUUAUCGAGGAGACACAAGGGAGCGGUACGUUUUUACUUAUUUUGAAUGUAAGAAAAAUAAAUUUCAAAUACUGAACAAAAUUGAAAUCACUUUGCGAGAGGCAAUGUAGUGAAAAAAAUCGGAACUUGCAUUAUGGAUAUCUAUAAUUUUCGAAAUCAGGAAUCACAUAUCUUUCACAGAUGUUAAGUUUGUCUUUUUAUUUUUUCUUAUACCUACUCGUCUUAAUUUCUAUGCGAGAGCAGUCAAGAAUUAAAAAGAAAAAAGGGACAUAUUAAAGAAAAAUGAAAGAUCAUAGAGCGAAAUACAUAAAUCCCAAAGUAAAAUGCUUGAUUGCGAAAAUGAAAUUUUAAAUUUCACGAAGAUGCGUUCUAAUAAACUUACUUAUCAUAAAUAUUACGUGUUUGACAAUCUUUCUACUUUACGUAUAUAAAUUGCACGUGUAUGUUUUAUAAAACACGGACUUAGAACGCACUUGAUACUGUCCAAGUGUUCGGUUAAACGUUUUAGCUUGAUCAGAAAACAAAACACGCAGGGCGCACUGCCUUGCACGAGCGGCAAACGAUACAACUUAAACGUUAGUUCUGUCUUACAUAUUAUCUCGGAUGCUACGUAUUAUAUCAAGAUGGCAAUUAUUUUUGCAAACCUCUUUCCGCCUCACAUCCUAAGGUCCUUACGACAACAUCUUUAAAAAUGCGCGCGAACGAAGGAGCUACGUCGCAUACUUUCAAUACCAAAGCGUGCAAAAAGCUUAGCGAGAUGGGAAGCGCACUGUACAUAAUACUCUUCGGCUAGUUAUUAAUUAGUUAUUCGUUUAGUGGAAGCAGCGAUAGACCGCCACCACAGUAUGCACGACGUGUGGCUAGCCUUUUUGGGUGUUUGUAUAGGACCGUUGUACACCGCUCUCUUGUAUGUACAUGGUUAAAAAGAACAGAAAAAGAAGAUGAAGAGGAAUAAUACAAGAAUCAUGUAGACCUAAUGUUUCGUAAUUUGUUCGAGCAUUUUCGAAUUUGUAUGAUAUUUCUAUACUGGCACACUGUAUGUAAUAAACUGUCGAACAAAAAGCA